GUAGUGCUUCCGGUGGUCGCGGUGCAUUGUGGUCGAGAAGACGUUGAGAGUUUUGUGCUUCGCGCCUGAGCCGAACGGAACGAGUCGCCAUGUCUCACACAAUUUUGCUUGUUCAACCUACCAAACGACCAGAAGGCAGGACUUAUGCUGAUUAUGAAUCUGUGAAUGAAUGCAUGGAAGGAGUCUGUAAAAUGUAUGAAGAGCAUCUGAAGAGAAUGAAUCCUAACAGCCCUUCAAUUACAUAUGAUAUUAGCCAGUUAUUUGAUUUCAUUGAUGACUUGGCGGACCUCAGCUGCCUUGUUUAUCGUGCUGAUACUCAGACAUACCAGCCAUACAAUAAAGACUGGAUAAAGGAGAAGAUCUAUGUCCUUCUCCGCAGACAAGCUCAACAAGCAAGCAAAUAGACACCAUGGUUAAGGGGUUUUGAGGGAAGGGUUUUGACAACAGGUGUGUACAGCGUUCUGUAGUGAAAGUUUUGUAUUGUAGUCCUCCUGUUCAUUCUUGUUAGCCUGUAUCUGAGACAAAAUCUGUUAGAAUUCCAAGGGACUUUCUCAGUUUAAAAGAAGAAGAAAGGAUAUGCCUUCCGCAAGUCUUUUAGUUUAAUUGUCUUUGCUUAAACAGUUCUACUUUUGUUCCUCACUCCCAGGAUUGUUCAAUUCUGCUUUACCACAGUCGCUGUAUGUACUCCCCUUUGGGGGUUUUUUCCAUUGUUAUUUCUUGGAGGCAGUCACGGUGAAGAAUAAAAUAAAUACUCUUUAGAUAAAUGUGUUGAGUGGUGGCUUCAUAAGCCAUGUAAGUUAAAUAUAGCCAUCUUAUGGAACUAACAACUUGAAGCUCGAAUACUGAUUGGCACAUGAAAGAUUUUGAGCUGCUGCAAUCAUGAUAUGACAACAUGCAAAUAUAAGUCUUGGACCCUUGGUUUGGUGCUUUGACCAGGCCUUGGUUUCCUGCCAGUUAUUGUUUCAACAUUUACAUGGUUUGGGGGUAGAGCUUUAUCAAUUGCUGAAAUUGAAUAUUGUGAACUUCCUAUAAGCAUCAGUUUGGCCACAAAGUAAAACAAGUUGCUAGACUUGACAAUUCUAUUCUCACACUGGUGGUGAGAUCCGAGGCCUAUCUGCUCUGAGGCAUUCUUUGUUGGGUUCAGGGCAGCCAUUCCCAAUUCAAAGAUAUAAAGCAACUUUUAAAAUAAACCAUUCCUUGAUACUCUGUCUCUAAGUACUGUACUUGUCCGUGUAUAAGACUGGUUAUUUUUAUUUAAAAAUCAUGCUAGAUGGGUGGUGUUGAUUGGCUUAACAACUCUGGGCAGUCCUCCGCAAAAAAGCUCAACAACUCUGUGCCAUCUCCACACAUACACCCAUUUUCUUAAAUUUGAGUCCCCAAAAAUAGGGGUUGUCUUAUCAUGGGGGCACACAGAAAAGUACAGUACUUAACUUUUUAGUUGGAAUAGAACUUGCACGUGUUUGGUUGGCUUUCAAGAUGGCAGUCGGGUACAUCUCUACUUCCUGAUUCCCACAGCUAUGUAUUGCCCUAACAGCACUGGAAAUACUAGUACAAAUAUUUUAUCUCCCACCUUUUAUUUCUGGAUACCAAAUGCAUCUCUUUUAAGAAACUUUGUUCCAAUAGUUUCCAGCCCACACACUGCAACUAUCAAUUAUUUAGAGGCUGGGCUUUCUGUUCCAGCUGAAUUUGUGAGAUGUUUCAAUAAGAACAAAUAAUUGGUUUCUCUACCAGCUCAACUGUUUUAUGGUUCAAAAAGCAUCCUUGCAGCCUGGGAUACUUUUGUGUUUGUAGCAUAAAGUCUGAAUUCAUUUACGUAAACAUUGCUUUGAGCAUAUCUUUGUGCACUGUGACUCUAGCAUGCAACCAUUUGGCCACUGCUAACAGGAUAAGGGGCUCUUCUGGGCAAUUUGAGUGCAAGGCACACAUCUACACCUGCCUUCCCCAACCUGAUGCCCUCCAAAUGUUUUGUAUAUAAGAGCCAAAUAGGUUUUGGGUUUGAUGGGAGUUGUUCAAAACAACUGGGGCACCAGGUUGAGGAAGUCUGUUCUACAUAAACUUGACAUUUUGUUAGUAUUAAAUUGGAGAGAGACACUGCGUACAGCUUAGCAAUUAUGUCAUACGCACGAAUCUCUUGAGUCAUAGAUUAUUUCCAAGCACAACGAAGCCAAGAUUCCUUCUAUUCUGGUAAAAUAGAUUGCCACUUUCAUGCUGCUCUUCAAGUGGUCAGGGGUGGGGUGUCAUGCUUUUUUAAAUGCUCUUCUGAAUGAAAAAGCCUGCAAUUAAGACACCUAGCACAGGAGAUCAAGACGUACACUGAGCAGUUUUUGCAGCAUAAGCAUUGUGGACUAACCAUUUGUAGAGCAUCUGUAUCCUCAAAUCUUUCAGAAGACUUAGCUGGAUCUGCCCAGAAAAGCAACCUGUUUUAUAUUGGGGGUUCUCAGGCUAAUAUAAGGUAGAUAUACCUUAUCUGUGAGGAAUGUAAUAGAAAACUAUAGUGCUGCAUUCGCAUAAGCAAUGCUGUUCUGUUGCCUUUCGAAAGGCCUUUCCUCAACCUGAGGGUGUGUGUCAUCUGUAAAUGUUUCUUCCAUUUUAUGUGCCUUAAACAACACAGGGUUACUUCUCCCUCCCUCCCUGGUAUUGUUUCUCCCCCUUCAUAACCUUUCUUUUAUUUGUAUAACAGAUUAUUCUUUCUCUUUCCCCUUGUUUGUGAUUCAUUGAAGAAAUUACAUUUAAAAACAGAUUUGUUUUAUUUUAGAGCAUUAAUGUGGCCCCUAU